AUGACUCAAAGCGAGCUUAGGCGAUUAAGCAAAAUAAUACUUUCCAAAUAUCUAACCAAUGCUACUCAUAACAAAACUAACGUAAACUGGCAAUCUCAACUUGCCGCGACUAGUUGCCUCCUCGCCGGCUCUAGGCAACCAGUCAGGCCCGGCGUGAUUGUCGAGCCCCCCAACCAGAACGCCCUCGUGUGCAGGUACCGCUUGUUAUAUCGUCGCAUUGGGAGGAUGUCCUUCGUGUCGAGACUGUCCUCAUGCGGCGGGCCAGCCUCGUCAUUCUUCGUGGAAGCACUUUUGCCGGACAUGGACGCCCCAGUCGGUCUGGCCAAGGAGCCAGAAAGCAGAAGAUUCCCUCGUCAUGUGCCGACUCAGCCGUAUUCUCUUGAGGCAGGCAAAACGACUGCUUUGAGCGGCCAAAAUGCCGGCGGAAAAAGGGAUCGAAGUGAAGAACAUUCUUACGCAAUGAGUGGUCGUAAAAGGGGACUCAAAGAGAUGGACGCAAGUAGGACGACUGAAGAUGAGACUGUAGACGCAGUAAGCUCGGCUUCGGAGACGUCAGAGAACUGCCAAAAGACCAUGUAUGAGACAACGUCUGAACGGACAGGAGUAAACCAGAAUUGGCCCUCGGUCUGGGACGAGAAGACAAGCGGCAGAACCGUGGCCUCGUGGCCGGAGACAGACGAGACCGGGAGCAGUCAACUCAAACAGAGUCUCGCCUCUGAGGCCUUGUCGGUGUGGUCGAGAAACAAUGAAUGGCUGAAGGAUGAGCCGAAACAGCUCGAACCGUCUGACCUGUGGCACGACGACUGGCUCGGUCUGCAGGACAACCUCAGUCCGGCCAAAUCGUCGACUUUACCAGCCUUGGCGACAUGGCCCAGAGUCUCUUCGGUCUGGAGUGGCAACCGCUUCUUCGGAGAAGAUGGUGGUCAAGAAGCCUUCCACACCAUCAAUCCGGAUUGUUUUACAUCGCCACUUCCAGGUGAGCCUUCGUCU